GAAGAAGAAGAAGAAGAAAAAAAAGACAGGAGCUUUGGAUUCGUGGGUGAACAGGAGGAGAAGUUUUCAGCUGACCCUUUUGUUUUGUUUUUCUUUUGGAUGAUGAAAUUGGAGAGAGAUGCAUGGGGAAGUUGGUGCUUUGUGGGCUCUGUCAUUGCUUCCUUUUACCAACCAAAAGUUCAACUGGAAUGAUCCGGUAUGAAAGCUAAGAAGUGGAUGAAUAAAAGAAGAUUCAGCAUCAGAGGACGGUUGCAAAAGAUGCUGAAGUGUAUGCGUUCGGGUGAGCAAUUCAGGGUAGAAGAUGUAGCUCAUUCAUCGGACUCCCUGGCUACUAGAGACUAUUCAGCUAGCGGGUACUCAUCUCGAACAGGCGAGGUAGAAGCAAAGGUGGAUAAUAGCAAUAUUGAAGAAGCAGAGUCCUCUCUGCGUGAAAGUGGUUAUCUGAACUACGAGGAAGCAAGAGCUCUAUUAGGAAGGCUCGAGUAUCAAAAAGGUAACACACAAGCUGCUCUUCAAGUAUUUGAAGGAAUAGACAUUGGUGCUGUGAUUCCCAAGAUAAAAGUCUCCAUUUCUAGAAGAUGUGAGUCCAACAGACGUCGUUCUCAAAGUGAUGCUGUUCCACCCAUGUCUAUGCAUGCUGUUAGUUUGCUCCUUGAAGCUGUUUUGCUUAAAGCGAAAUCAUUACAGGGUCUUGGAAGGUUUGGAGAAGCUGCUCAAUCAUGCAAAAUUAUUCUGGACACUGUUGAAACUGCAUUACCAGAAGGCUUGCCUUUAAAUUUUGCUUCUGAUUGUAAAUUACAAGAGACUGUUGGUAAAGCUGUUGAGUUACUUCCAGAGUUGUGGAUACUUGCUGGGGAUCCCCAAGAAGCUAUCUUGUCGUACCGGCAAGCUCUCCUCUACCAAUGGAGUCUUGAUAUUGAAUCUACUUCAAAGAUAGAAAAAGAGUUUGCAGUUUUUCUACUGUACAGUGGUUGUGAUGCAAGCCCUCCGAAUCUCCGUUCACAGAUGGAAAGCUCCUUUGUGCCAAGAAACAAUAUAGAAGAGGCUGUUCUGCUGCUGCUGAUUCUAUUAAGGAAAUUCGUUGUUGGAAGGAUUGGAUGGGAUCCAUCUAUCGUUGAGCAUCUUUCCUUUGCCUUGUCUAUUUCAGGGAAAUUAAGUGCUCUGGCCCAUCAUAUUGAAGAAUUGAUUCCCGGUAUUAUGGGAAGAAAAGAAAGAUACUUCACUCUGGCUCUGUGUUACUAUGGGGAAGGUGAGAACUCGGUUGCUUUGAAUCUUUUAAGGAAUAUUUUAAAUGAUCGCGAGAGCACAGACUGCAUUCUGGAAUUAUUACUUGCCUCCAAGAUUUGCAGCGAAAAUUUGGUUUGCAUUGAGGAUGGAAUAAAAUUUGCGUGUAAAGCACUUUCAGGGUUGGAUGGAAAAUGCUACCCACUGCUAAGUAUUGCAAAUUGCUUGCUGGGUGUUUCCCUGUCGGUUAAAUCCAGAUCAGUUUCUUCUGAUUCUGAAAGGAUUUUGAAGCAGUCUGAAGCAUUACAAGCUCUAGAAACUGCUGAGACAAUCAUGAGAGAAAGGAAUCCAUAUAUUGUUUUUCAUCUUUGUCUAGAACAUGCUGAGCAAAGGAAGUUGGAUGUUGCACUUUCUUAUGCAAAGGAGCUAUUAAAACUUGAGGCCGGGUCUAGUAUAAAAGCAUAUACUCUUUUGGCACGAAUAUUGUCAGCUCAAAAAAGAUUCAUUGAUGCUGAGACUGUAAUCAAUGCUGCUCUCGAUCAGACGGGGAAGUGGGAUCAAGGAGAACUGUUGCGAACUAAAGCAAAACUUCAGAUUGCGCAGGGCCAGCUGAAAAAUGCCAUAGAUACAUAUACUCACCUUCUUGCUGUUCUUCAAGUUCGGAGUAAAAACUUUGGUGUUGAGAAGAGGCUUCUUAAGAGUAGGAGAAACCAUAACAGAAGCUUGGAAAUGGAGACAUGGCAUGAUUUAGCUAAUUUAUACACAAAUUUGUCACAAUGGCGGGAUGCUGAGGUCUGUCUUUCAAAAUCCCAGGCUAUCAAUCCUCAUUCUGCUUCCAGAUGGCACUGUACAGGUUUACUCUAUGAAGCCAAGGGUCUUCACCAAGAAGCUUUGAAAUCAUUCAGGAAAGCUUUAGAUGUUGAACCCACCCAUGUCCCAAGCUUGAUAUCCACUGCAUGUAUUCUCAGAAAAUUUGGUGGACAAUCAUUCCCGGUUGUCAGAAGCUUUCUCAUGGAUGCGCUACGACUUGACAGAUCAAACCCUUCCGCCUGGUACAAUCUUGGGCUGCUCUACAAAGCUGAUCCACGGUCAUCGCCAUUAGAAACUGCCGAGUGCUUCGAGGCAGCAGCUUAUCUAGAAGAACAUGCACCUAUUGAAUCCUUCAGAUGAACAUCUCUACUUGCACACCUUCUCAACGAUGUAUGAUAGUCGACUAAGAACUCUAUUAUAGUUUUUGGAACUGAUAUUUUUUGAUGAUACGGACAGUCGAACAUAGAAUACGAAAAAUGUUAUAGUUAUAGUGUUCAAUUGGCUUCACUCCAAAUUAUAUUGAGCUCUAUUACAUUGGGCUACCUCACGAGCUUAUGAUAUCGCCUUAGUUUUGUAUUUGUAAGUUUUGUUAUUUUAAUCUCUGGAGAGUAUGAUCUUGAUUCACCU